AUAUUCUAGGUGUGGUAUGUCUUUGAGGAUUUUUGCACAAUGUAACGAAUGUGUCGUCAGAGAUUUAUGUACUCGAUUAGAUCGGUCUGACCAGAGAUCUGAAAAUCCCAAUGAUUGAUCUCCGUUUACGCUCCCCACUGACAUCUCCAGAGAAAACACCACUGGCUUCAGCCGUGAAUGUACAUUUCGUGGUGGGGAUUUAAAUCGUAUGAAGAACAACAUUAUUUGAAGAUCGGGCAAGGCAUUCGACCGCGCCUAUCUCGGAUCAACCAACAUCGUCUGAAAAGGGAUACAAAUAAAGCCGUUUUUGGAGUGUUGACUGACAGUGACGCGCAACACCGGCAGAGGGGAGAGCUGACAGGAAAUACCCAUCGCUGCUGAUGGUGUACGAACGACAGUAGAGGACUACUCGUACACCCGCCGCUUUCCGUUUUACCUACGCCCCAAACCAAGCGGUUCAUGCGAAGGAAGAUACUCUCUAGAACAGGCCGAUUAGGAAGAUAGCAAGGAGUGGCGGCCAGGCGAGAGGGAGGCUACGGCAAACCAUCUCUCCCAGAUAUACCUCCAUUACGCCCACCAACCACCGCCUCCUUCAGCCAUGGAUCCGCCGAGGACUCGGUCACGUUCAGGUUUCUUUCAUUAUGGCAUGAACGGUGGUGGCAACGGCAAUAACACCAUCAAUAAUGGGAACAUGAUGAAUGCCAGCGGAGGGAUCGGGGUGAAUUACCCUCAACAGAACAACCCUGGCUGGGUUCCGCACGGAGCGCGCGGUAGCUAUUCGGAGAACCAGCACACCCAGGGGAACUACCUGUCCGGUGUGGCGCAACGCCACCCUUCCCACGGAGCACACAGACACCCCGGCACCGGUGUCCUGCACUUCCACCCUGAUAACAUCUGCAGUGAUGAGCGGGACAAGAUGGAGGACAGUCCUAGCCCAAAGCGACAGCGUCUUUCCCAGCAGUCUAUGUUAGAUCUGAGCUCUGCCCCUCCCUCCACCCCAUCCUCUCCCAUUCGUCCCUGGGAGCUACCCCACACCCCCACUACCUGGGCCACACCCCCACCCAGUCGCAGGCCACACCCCCACUACCUGCCAGAGCGAUGCCACACUCCUGUUCGCAACCGCCGCAGUCCUCCAAUGAGACGCCAGCGUGGCCGCCGUGACCGUCUCACCUCCCACCCUCAUCACAACUCUCACCCCCAACAACAACAACAUCAUCAUCACCACUACCACCACCAUCACCACAACCCACACCAUCAUCAUUCUCACCCCCACCACGGCCUCUCAGCAGGGCCUCAGGAUGAGAACUACCGCCACCCCGUCCCCCCUCAGAGUUACCCCUACAACCAGCAACCCCCCCGGGGGCCAGAGGAGCGCCCCUACCACCCCCCCAACCUAUCCCCACGCCCCCUCCACCACCCUCCUAACCUGUCCCCCAGGCUGAUGCACCCUGCUGCCCACCCCCAGCACCCCCCUCAGCAGCAGAGCAGUGUGGUGCUCGACCUUCAUGACCAGGGUUCUUCUCAGGUGUCGUACCCGGUCUCUCCCCCUGGCGCACCCCCUGGCCUGUCUCCCCGCUCUGCCCCCCCGCAGCUCCCAGCAUGCUCGGUGGUCUUCAGUGGACAACACUACCCUGUCUGCAGUGUUCCUCCAUCGGUUCUGCAGACAUGCUCUGUGCAGCACCUUCCCAUGCCCUACCCAUUCCCCUCCCUGCUGUCCAGUGACCCCACCUUUCUCCUGCCCCCUCCCCACCUGUCCCACCAUCCCCCUCACCUCCCCCACCAUCCCCCUCACCUCCCCCAGCCUGGACAGUUUGGACCCUACCCCACACAGCAGGCCAGAUCGCCAUUACAGAGGAUAGAGAAUGACGUGGAGCUGUUGGGGGAACACUUGUCCUUAGGGGCGGGUCUCCACUACCCCCCCGCAGCCCACCCCGGCCUGCCCCCCCACUCCACACAGCUCCACUUCCUUUCCCAUGAUCCACUGCCACAGGAGUUCUUUGGAGUGUCAUAUCCCAGCUUCAUGCCACGACGUAUCCCAGGACGACGCUACCGCUCCCAGCAGCCACUGCCACCCUCGCCUUACCACCCCAGUUUCCUGCCUUACUUCCUCUCCAUGCUGCCAGUCCAGCCAACAGGCCCUGCCAUCAGCCUGGAGCUGGACGUAGAUGACGGAGAGGUGGAGAACUAUGAGGCCCUUCUCAACCUGGCUGAGCGUCUUGGAGAGGCCAAACUCAGAGGACUGACCAAGGGAGACAUUGAACAGCUGCCUUCCUAUAGGUUCAACCCCAACAACCACCAAUCAGAACAGACGCUGUGUGUGGUGUGUAUGAGUGACUUUGAGUCUCGUCAGCUGCUGCGGGUUCUACCCUGCAGUCACGAGUUCCAUGGGAAGUGUGUGGACAAGUGGCUCAGGGCUAACAGGACGUGUCCCAUCUGUAGGGCUGAUGCCUCCGAGGUCCAGCGAGACUCGGAGUGACCAGCAGGGGGCACAACCACGCUGACAGUUGUAGCACUGCCCUCCAUCUCUCCUUUAGCGCUCUUGCCCUUCUGUCCUCUCUUUAUACUCCAUUCCCACUGGUCCAGCACACACCCAUUGCAUCUCUCUAGCUCUGAAUGUCCUUCAGCUGGUGUGUGUGCAGGAACGUGUCUAUCUGUAUGAUUCCUGGCGUUGGUAUGUACCAGCGUUGUGUGUGUGUGUGUGUGUGUGUAUGAUACUGUAUUUUAGUGUUUCUGAUCGUGUGUGUGUUUAGACUUGGGUGUCCACACGGACCUCUCCAUGUAGUUGACACGUAAAGGUCCAUGCCACUGCGCUGCCUCUCUGUAGAACUUCUGUUUGUUUUUGUUCAGUUUCUCUGCCUGGCUGUUUACCUUGUCAUUCCUGUUGCUCAUUGUUACCACGACAACAUCUUUCACUGUAUUCCUCUGAAGUUUCUCUUAUUCUAUUUCUCUUUAUUUUUGUUCCUUAUUAAAUAUGAUCAGUUUGUCUGACUGCAGUGGCACAUAUAUAUAUAUACUGUAUAAAUAUAUGAAUAUCUGUAUACCAAAUAAAAGGCUUGACAUUAACUUUUUUAAAUCACAUUUUGUACAGGUUUGUUUUUUUUGUAUUAUGAGCUGUGGUGCAGUUAGGUUUGAUUGUGCUCAAUUGAUUUGUGUUCUGGAUGUGUUAGACUAGGUGGUGGUUCGUUAAUAAAAGACAUUAUACACUGA